AUGAAUCAAUUCAUCUUCUCAACUUCACCUUCAUCCAUCACUCCACCACAGUCAACAACUUCAACAACAACAACAACAACUACUACUACUUCAACUUCAACCACUUCAAAUUAUCAUCAAAACAAUCAAAGACAUUCGAGAAAAUCAAGUGUAUCGAUCAGUCCUCCAUUCACUCCUAUCAUUCAUACUUCAUCAUCUCAUCAUCAUCAAAAUCAAAAUCAACAUCACCAUCAACUCCAACAUCAUCAUAAUAACAAUCGAUCACCAUCCAAUUCAAAUUUAAUCGUACCAAACAAAUCAAUCAAUCCAUCAUCUAAUCAUCAAUUAACCUCUUCUUCAUCCUCAUCAGUCGCUUCUUCAACUCCUUCAACUUCUUCUUCUUCAUCAACUACCACUUCUCAUCAUUCUUCUUCACACUCAAACUCAUCUUCAAUCACUCCUUUACCAACCCGACCUUUGAAUUCUCUAAGAAGAAAAUCUUCACUUGAUUCAAUACCAUCUCAUCUUCGUUCACUCAAACUUAAUUCGUCUACUCAUCAAAACUCGAAUCAAAAUCAAAAUUCAAAUCAAAAUCAAAAUCAAAAACUAUCAUCAUCCAAUCCUCAAUCAAAUCGAAGAGCCCGUUCAUCUUCAGCCUCUAGUACUCCUCGACCUCUUCUAUCACUUCUCGAUCAACCCUCAAUUCGAUCUAAACCUAUCCUUACUUCUGCUCCCGAUCCAAAUCCACCGCUUUCACCUUCAACCAAAAAAUCAGCACCACCUCCACUCGAUCUCACCACUACCCAUUCUUCGCGCUCCCAUAACAAUCCUCUUACCAGUCCUGCACUCUCAUCAGUCACAGUUGAUUCUUCAUCUCAACCACCCCCUCAAUCUGCUCCAUGGCCUUAUCUCAUCACUAGCUCAACUGCUCAGCCACCUCACCCUGAUUCAACAAUCGAAGAAGAAGAACGUAAAGCGGCGGAAUGGUAUGGCAGCAGUUCUCCUGCUUGGCCAGAAACUGCUUUCGUCAGUUCCACACUUGAUGACGUCUACGAUCCGAUGCUCAUCAUGACCGGUCAAGAUGAAAAUGGUCUGACCACCAUGGAAAAGAUUUUCUUAUUUGCCAAGAGUGAAAAUGCUUAUCAUCGUGUGAUUGUCUCACAGCGAUUACCGGAACUUUUAGAAGACGUUGACAUCUCCGAAGCUGUAGAAUAUGUCUUACCUCUCCUUACGGGCCUUGCCCAUGAUGAUGAACCAAUUCGAGAAGCCUUUGGUCCUUCCCUCUGUAACAUCAUGUGGUAUUUCUUCAGCAAAUGCCCUCUUUUUGAAUUCGAAGCUCAAGCUGGAACUGUGAAUCAUGCUACACCGGUCCCUUCCACCUCUCUAUCGCCCCCGCCUCAAAAGCGUCCUACUCUCUAUCUCAACACAUUUACCUCUCUACUCAUCACUCUUCUCACUGAUCCUAAUGAAGCGAUCGGCGUUCUAGCUCGAUAUGGUCUCCUCACGUUUCUUACUAGGCUUCAAGGCAAUCACAAUAAUCAAGCCGAUCUUCCGGCGUGGGUAGAUGUCGGAGUUGGAUCGAGCGAUGCAUUCUUGCCAGUGAAUACUACGGAAGAUGUCGGAUAUGAGCAUUAUGAAUUUGGACCGGCUGAACGACUUGCGAUCCUUCAAGAAAUCAUCAAUGGUGUCACUCUAGGCCUUUGUCGAACAGGUUCAGAUCAUCUUACCAACAGUCACAAUCCCUCACUCCCGGUUACGAAUCUUGAUGAUGCAAAGAAUUGGGACAACCUUUCACUCAGCGACAAUACACAGAAUCUCCGCGUGGCCAAUUUGAAUGAUGAUGAAGAUCAAUCCUCUGACUCUUCAAGUCAUCUUGCCAAUCCUUUUUCGCCCGAGCUGAAUAGGUGCUCCAUGAAUGAUUAUCAUUCUCCUACUACGCCUAACGGUCUUCCUACCCAACAAGACUACUUUACAUCCUCAGAGGAUCUCACUCCGAUAGACUCAUCACAGCAAGCUAUCAGACGUCAAAUUGGAUUGGGCUUGAUUGGAUCCAUGAUUGAAACAGGCUGUAUUCCCGCGAAACUGAUGUGGACUAGACUCGUACCCCAAGUCUCGAGAGCAGCCAAACAUCCGUAUGAACGAUCACUAUUGGUUCGACAACAAGCUGCUGUAACGUUGACAACGAUCUUCCAUACGAUCCCUACAGCUACUCAUACAGACCGAGAAAAAGACUUGGAAUCCAACACAACUGAUCUGGUUGAAAGUUUCGUGUGCCUCUCUUCCGAUCCAGAAGUAGCGGUUCGUAAACAAGCCUGUUUAGGACUUCCGGGAUUGGCGAGACUGCGAAACGGUCGAAAAGUGAUUGAAAGUCUAGUGGAAAGAUUUGGGUCUGAUGACUCCAGGGAAGUUAGAUUGGUGGCCUCUCAAGUCUUGGGAGAAGUGAUUUAUGGUUUUGGAUUCGGAAAAGUAGCUACUACGGUACCAGAUCGAUUGGUGGAGUGGUACGCUGAUGGGUUUCCAAAGGAUCUAGAAGAAGAAGAAUUACAAUCUCUACGACAACAACAACAAUGGAAUGGGUUUGGAUCGGUGAUGCGACCUGGUUUUGGAAGUUGUAGUAAUCUGGCCGGCCUUGCUAAUGGUCCUACUACUAGUAGUAGUAUCAGUAGCAGUGUUACAUUCUCAAGUUUAUUCAAUUCUCCUACCAUGGCCACAUCCAUUGGAGAAGCUGAACGAGCAAUGUCACGAGCUUUCAGUUUUCCUGCAGUUAUUCUGACCUUAGGAAGGACCAGAUGGAGAUCAUUAAGACCACUUUAUCUCAAGCUUAGCACUGAUACUAGAUUUCCGAUCCAAGUUCGAAGGUCAUUGGCUUGUUCAAUUCACGAGGUGAUUAAGAUUGUGAUGAGUGAAACGGACUCAGGUGAUAGUAGUGUAGAAGAGGAUUGUGUGGAAGUACUACAAAACUUUUUGUUUGAAGGUCGUGAUCUGACCAUCUUAGAAGCAGUCUUAGAACAUCUCGAAAUCAGCUUAGGGUAUCUAUCACAACAAAAUCUGAUGAAGAUCUUACAACGUCUGAAAGAGAUCUUGUCACCUGAUCUUCAAAGAAUUACCAUGGCUAACAAUUGGAGGAUUAGAGAACGACUUGGUAGACUGUUACCUAAGCUAUGGGAAAAGUAUGAAGGUUUAAAUCAUGAUGAUGAUCAACAUCAACAGGAAUUGGUCACCACCUUUGAAGAGUUGUUGUUAAACGGCUUAUGUGAUGGAGCAGCAGCUGUGAGAGAGGCAUGUUUGGAAUUUGUUCCAACUUUGUAUCGCACUACAAGACAUGACGGUCAUGAAAUCCGUUCACGUCUUUUAGCUAGUCUAUCAAACUUAUCCCAAGACUCUAAUUAUCGAAUCCGAAUGACGUAUCCAACCGCGAUGAUUUCACUUUUAAAGAUCAACACCCCGCCACUUGAUAAAUCUUUGAUUUUUGAAUCAUUAGAAAGAAUCAGUGAAGAUAAAGUAGGAGGAGUUCGAAUUUGUCUUGCUAGAUUGGUUCAAGAGUUAUACAAAACUUGGUUAUCGAAUGAAACGAAUUGGCCACAUGAAGUUAGAAGAGUCAUUGAAAGGUUAAAAUCAGAUCAAGAGAUUGUAGUUCGAAACAUCUUAGAAGAAGUGAUGAUACCUAGAAUCCAUCAGAGUAGUACAACAGGAGAAGUAGAAGAAGAUUUAGAAGGAUCAGGAGUCGAAGUGUUUGGAAGUCGAUUAAGUUCGGAUGAAGAUGAAGAUUUGUCAAUGGGAACUGAAGGGAUUCAUGAAGUAGAAGAAUCAUUGGUCUUGAAUGGCUUCACGCCUCCUGAACCUAAUGGGUUUAGUGAUGAAGGUGAACGUCAAACCAAUUGGGUCUUUAGAAAUCAUCUUCAAAGCUCUAGUAGUGGUAAUCAUCAUCAUAAUCAUAAUCCUACUACCACUAAUGUUACAUCUACAUCGGUUGUUGGAAAUCGUCAGAAUAAUAGUGGUAGUAAUGGGAGUAGUAAUAAUAGUAAUAGUCAAGGUCUUUGGAUGAGAGAUACAGAUGGAGGGUUUGUAGAAGUGGGUGGUCAAUAUUGA